AUGAUCGAUCUUAGGACAGUUACCAUCUACGAACAUCAGGUGGCGCAGAGUCGCAAGAUGGCGUCCACCUACAGUAAGUACAUGAGAUUGUGUAAAGAGUGGAGGAUAGACGAUACGAAAACUGGAAGAGAUUUGGGACAGUUUAUUAAAAAAGAGGUUCUUCAAUUCUUCCGUCAAGGAGAAGGUACUAAAAUUAAAGACGAAAAGGAGUGUGAAAGAUAUUAUCAAAGCUUACACCGUAUAAUGAGGAACGAAUAUGGACAGAAAUAUAAAUUGAAUCGGUUAUAUUCUGCUACUGGCUUAACUCAUAACGAAUGUAAACAAAUUUUGUCUACGGAAUAUUUAACAGAAUUUAAGGAUAAAAAAUUUGGACUCAAAGAUAGGAUUCUUAGUAAGUUCUCCUAG